UAAAUUAUUAUUUAAUUAAUUUUUUUUUUCUUAUAAAUGAAAUUAUCAUUGAAAUUUGAGACCCAGAUGUAAAAAAUUUAAUUAAGAUUUUCUUUUUUAUCAACAAGCAGUUUUAAUUUUUAUUUAGUUACGUCCGGACUUUAUGCAAACACGAAUGUAUAAUAUGAUAAAUGCAAUUUUUGAGAAAUAAAUUAAAAAUUUAUUAACUUUCAAGUAUAUAGAACGUAAAAUAAAUCUACGGGGAACAGGAUUCUAUACUGUGAUUUCCGGCUCUGUAUUUCGAUAGUGUCUAGCUCUGCAAUAUAUAAAAAUAAAAUAUAAGGAAGAAUAACAGUAAAAGAAAUUAAAGUGAAAAAAUGCAACCUCUAAAAAGAUUUACACAAUGUGGAAGUUUAACAAUGUUAUUUGUGGUUUUUAUAGUACUUUUUGGUGUUAGUUCUACGGCUCUAACAACAUUUGGUAAAACAAAUCCAAAUUUACAACAGCCGACGCAACCACCAGCUGCUAAAGGACGAGAAUGUAAUACACAUGCAGAUUGCUUGACAAUGGAAGGAACAAGUUGUGUAAAAGAUUUAAAUGAUGGAAAAUUAAGAUGUGUUUGCGGUGAUAAUUUAGCCCCUGUGAAUGGAAAAUGUUCAGCUAAUAAAAAAGGACUCUAUCAUAUGUGCAAACAAGUAUUUGAUUGUGAUGAGUUUAUGGUAUGUGAAGAAGUGAAGAUUCCAUUCAACAGUAAUAACGCAACAACAUAUAAAAUAUGCAGAUGUGAUGAAGAUAAUGAUCAUUAUGAGAAUAAAGAGGAUAACACAUGUAGUAAAGGUAUCACAAUCGGACACAGCUACGCCUUACUAUUAACUGUAAUUGCUAUCAUUUUUAAAUGCAGAUAAAUUUCACCUUUAAUAUAUCACCUGAAUCAUUUACAUAAUGUAUAUGUGUUUAUCGUCAUUAUAAUUAUUAUAUAUUUUAUAGAAAUUUAUGUUUAAAAUUAAAAUAAAAUUAACAAAUAAUAUAAAUAAA